CCACCCCCCUACCCCCUGCCCUGUCCCAUCGUUGCCGUCGGUGCAAAUCACGCACGCACUGCACAUAAUCGACAGCGACGGCCGACACAGACAACUGGCACACCUGGCUGGCUGUUCUCACACUCGGCAGCAGCACUGUCCUCCCCUUGCCCUCCCCCUCCGUCCUGAAACCUAGCCAAGUUCCCUUUUGCCCUGUUCCCUCGUCUCCCCCUACCUUGGCCCUCUUGCUCGACGACGACCAAAUCCUUGGCUUUUCACGCCUACGUCUGCUGCUGGCACCUACAGCCUACGCCUACAGUAAACCCACCCACGCCGCCGCCGCCGUCGCGCAGCACUCGUCGUCCAAAAUGCCUACCACUGCGACCAUGGCGCAAUUCGAGGUUUUCGCGGGUGUCCAGCCCUGGGAGGAGCAACAAUCACCAUCGCCCACAGACGACGGUUCAGGCCCAUCCCCGUUCGAGUUAGCCCUUCAACGCACACGAUCGAUAGGCUCGCCUCCUACGUCCCCAACAUCUCCCAACACCUUGCACCGUCAACUCUCUGGCGACCCAGAAUCCCCUCCGCCGGCCUGGAAGAGGCGGCCGUCUACAAAGACCAAGAGCGCCCCAGCACCGCGCACGGCGUCCGAACUUGCCGCUUUAUCUUCGCCUCCAGGGUCGCCUCCGGGCUCACACUCUCCGCCGCAACACCAUCAAACAUCACCGCCUCACGUUCGCCGCCCCCCAGCAAACCUCGCCAUGACUGCUCGCACCGCUGGGCCCCAGCGCUUCCCCCAGGAUCCGACUGCCCGCCACAGCCACUACGGUCCCACCGCGUUCCGUGGCGGCCGUAGACCGGGUACCCUGUCAAACAGGUCGUCGAUUCUGUCCCAGGCCGCAAUGACCAGCGAGGAAUUGUGGACCCUCGAGGAUGAGAUUCCAGACUUGAGCAACCCAUCCCGCAAGGCCUCGGAGCGCCCACUAGACACUGUUCGCCGUAUGAGCUUUACGGAGGAGCCCCUCAACACGUUUGGCUUCCCCUCUGAGGUCAUUUGGCCCACUGCGCCCCCAGAGUCCUACAUCCCCCCACCCAAGGCCAAGUCGUACACCAACGUGACUGGUGCGGGCAAGAGACGCAGCAUGUUGAAGAAGAGCUCGUCCAGAGCCGACUCGAUCGACGCGUCCUACGCUACGCCUGCCUUUGUCACGAAAGAUGGCAACUCGUCUGCGCACUCGUCGACGACCGACCUGUCCAUGGGAACACCCAUCCCAAUCAACAAGUCACACACGUCGCUCAGUAGGCCUGCCUCUUUGGGCUAUUCUCUCGACCUUCUUUCCACUCUUGCUCCUCGCGAAGGUGGUUACGCACUUGCCGCACAGAUGGCCUACCCUGGCACUUCGCCAGCCAGCUCCAUGCACAGCGAAGAUCGCCGAUCCAUUCACACCGCGCCUAGCUUCCGCAACUCGCGUGGCCCACCUGCUCGGAGCGCAGGGAUGCGCUGGAACGACUCGGAUGACCUUAUCAUUCCUUCGUCGGUCCGUCAUUCCACCGUCUCGACCAUGUCGACCGUCUCGUAUCACGAGGAGGUUGUCAUCGUGCCGGCUCUCGACAGCCAGCAGUCUUCCCCGCAACUCGCCGCAGUCCAGAGCAACACGCCCGUCGCCCCGAGCCCUCUGAGCCAGCACACUACUGCCGACGAUGUUCGUGCGCGCAACGCGCCUGGGAAUGCCGUUCCUGUUGUGGCUGCCGCUGCUGUUACUGCCACUGCGGCCGCAGCCACCACUGCUGCGGUAGCCGCGGCGAAGCCAAAAUCGAAAAAGGAGCUCAAGGCCGAGGCCAAGGCUGCCGCCCUCGAGACCAAGAGACUGGCUGAGCAAAAGGCCCGCGAGAAGGCCGAGGCUGAGCGACGCGCCCGUGAAGAGAAGGCCAAGGCCAAAGCCGACGCCGCUAAGAAGGCGAAGGAGGACAAGGCCCGUCUCAAGGCAGAGAAGGACGCCGCGAAGCGUGCCAGCAUCAUGCCCAAGUCGAAGCCAGCUCCUGUUGCCGCUGCCGCUGCAGUCGCUACCACCGCUGCCGCUGGCAUCACCCAGUCUCGUCCCCCGAACGGCACUGCCGCUCCUCCGACACAGCAGCGCCAGCAGGUGCCCCAGGCCAAGCCUCCCCCCAACACCCCUCUUCCUGUUCCUCCUCCUCAGCGCUCCGCCGCCCCGGCUCCUCCCCCCAACGGAAACGCCCUGGUGCCACCACCCCUCGAGGCCAACAGAAUGGUACAGCCGACUCAGGCUGCCCAGCCCACCCCCGUUGCGGUCCGUCCACCCAAUGGUACUGCGGCGCCUCUGCCAGUGCCCAACGGCGUGUUGCCUCCCCUGCCCAGGCAGGCCAACCCGCCGGCAGCUCAGAACCCCUCUGCUGCGCCUAUUCCUCCUCAGAAGCCGGCGCCUUCCGUCCCGGAGACGGUCGUCACCCGCGCCCCAUCCACAGUGUCGCGUGAUGGCUCCAGCUUACGCGCACCCUCGUCCACGACGGCAUCGGCGUCACCUAGCCAGCGCCACAGUGUCUUGGGCACACCGACGCCGUCUCAGCAGUCCUCUGGCAAGGCCAAGACGGGCAUCUUCUCAUCCAUCAAGAAGCGCUUCUCUAUGGCAUCGAUGCACCAGACCCCCCCUCUCAAGGCUGAGCGCCCGGCAUCCGUUGCUGUCAAGUCAACACCACCCCCGCCCACUCCUCCACCAAAAUCCGCGCAGCCAUCACCUGUGCGUCCCGCUGCCCUGAACGUGCCCAAGCCUGUGAUCGUGCCUCCCCGAGGAUCAUCGCUUGCAACUGGCCCCUCCGCGGACGACUCGACUCCUGGCACAGACUCUGAGAUUGAGCGCCACGCCUCAUUGUCCAACCCUUCGUCGGUUGUUGUGACGCCGACGACCAGUGUCGCGACCAACUCUUCUCCUUCGUUUUUUCCGGUCCGCCCAAACCCGCCUUUUCGUGACCGCUCCGACUCGUUGAACUCGUCUAGCACCGACCCUAGCUUUGUUACUCCUACGACCGAGAGCGAAGCGCCGGACAACCGCAUCUCCAAGCUCUCGCUUACCCCGUCUACCGAGGCCCCUAUUCCCGCGCCUGUCUCCGCUGUUGCGCACUAGAUUUCCACACUCGCUACGCCAUUCUCACGUCGACUCUCUGACGGACCGUCCGAAUACCCCAAAUGUCUCUCUCCACCUCCAUUGUCACGCCACACCACCACCACCCACAACCUACACGCCUACAAUCAUUCCAUUCGCUGUGUCUAUUCCCCUUGCGACAAGUCGAUCACCGUCCCUACCGGUCCCGGACAUUUGGUGCCAGCGCACUGUUUCUCCAGUAAUGUCAAGUACACGUUUCUGCGGUGUAGAUUUAUCGCACCAUUCAAAUCAUUGUGUCAACAUCUAUUUUAAAGCCACGCCGACCUUUACACUUGUUACUACGCAGAGCGAUGCAUUUUGUAAACUCCAGA